AAACAGUCAGCUACGUUAACGCGAUUCAACAACAUCUACUUUCGGAUUGUCCGUCCUUCACUCUGUCAGCGUCACUGUUUGGAGCACAUAUUGGGUUGGACUGGAACUGGGUUUGACGAAAAUAAGGUACGAAGGUCGAGUAAAAGCUCCAGCCGGUACACACAUUAAGCAAUAUACGCUCACACAAACCAUUCAGGCUGUAAACAAGACCAAUAUGAGAAGACCUACAUGCUGUAGGCCAACCCACAUACUUGGACAAACGUGUCUGCAAUGGGGAGUCAGAGGAACGGAUUCAGAAAGGAGAGCUUCAUCCUGUCAGUGGACGUCGGUACAACAUCUAUCAAGUGUCACGUUUAUGACAAGGAGGCAAAAAUCAGAGGAUCAUGCACUACCAAGGUUGUUCCCCUGUAUCCAGAGGUAGGACAGGUGGAAAUGGACCCAGAUGCAUUAUGGAAAGGGUUUAUUACCGUGGUCAAGGGAGCUGUUCAAGAUACAGGAGUACAAAUGCGUCAAAUAGAGGCUCUUGGUAUCUCUACUCAGCGAGGCACCUUCACAACAUGGGACAGGAAAACUGGGGAGCCUUUCCAUAACUUCAUCAGCUGGCAGGACCAGAGAGCUGCAGACCUGGUGAAGUCCUGGAACAGGUCAUGGACCAUGAAAGCAAUCCAUGGUGUGAUGAAGGUGCUUUACUUCCUGACCAGGCAGAAACGGUCCCUUGCAGCGAGCCUUAUUGUCUUCUCCACCCAACAUGUGACCUUUCGCCUAGUCUGGGCUCUUACACACUACAAGCAGGUUUGUAAAGCAGUAGCUGAAGGCAACUGCUGCUUUGGAACAAUAGACACCUGGCUCCUGUUCAAACUCACAAAAGGACGCGUCUUUGCAACAGACUACUCCAAUGCCAGUGCAACAGGGAUUUUUGACUCUUAUCAGAUGUGUUGGAGUGGGUUUCUCUGCUCUCUUGUUUCUCUGCCUUUCUCUAUUUUCCCCAAAGUAGAAAAUACAGGUCAUGACUUUGGUUCCACAGACUCGUCUAUCUUCGGAGUAUCCAUUCCCAUCAUGUCAGUGAUGGCGGACCAGCAGGCAGCCAUGUUUGGAGAGUGCUGCUUUGAUGUAGGUGAUGUCAAGAUCACCAUGGGAACAGGUACCUUCAUGAACAUCAACACCGGCAGCAAACCACACACUUCUGUAGCAGGUUUGUAUCCUGUGGUGGGCUGGAAGAUCGGCUCAGAGGUGGUUUAUCUGGCUGAGGGCAAUGCAGCAGAUACUGGCACCGCUAUCAAAUGGGCGCAGAAGCUAGAGCUCUUCUCUGAUGUGCAGGACACCAGGGAUAUGGCUUACAGUGUCAGUGACUCAGACGGAGUGUGUUUCGUCCCUUCUUUCAGUGGCCUGCAGGCUCCUCUAAACGACCCUAAAGCUUGUGCUUCCUUCAUGGGCCUCAAACCCUCCACCACCAAAUGUCAUCUGGUCCGUGCCAUUCUGGAGUCCAUCGCUUUCAGAAACAAGCAGCUAUAUGAGACGAUGCUAAGAGAAACUCACAUUCCUAUCACCAAGAUCAGGGUGGAUGGUGGGGUAUCCUCAAAUGACUUCAUCAUGCAGCUGACUGCAGACCUGUUUGGGAGGAAGGUAGCCAGACCCCAACACAAUGAAAUGUCGUGUCUGGGGGCUGGUUUUGUCGCUGGACUUGGAGUGGGCUUCUGGAAAACCAGAGAAGAGCUGAAGAAGCUGCAGAUCACUGAUGACUUGUUCAGCCCUCAAGUAGGACACAAAGAAGGUUUUGGUAACCCAAUUCGGGAGUACACCCCCAUCCUCCAGAGCUGGGAGAGAGCUCUGCGACGCUCCAUGAAUUGGUACAACAAGCCCUGACACCGGACGCAAGCACCAAAGACGAGGACAUAACUUUUGAGUACAUGUGAAAGCAGGUGGUCCAUUUAUUAAAACACAAUGACGGUUUUUCAGAGAUGGUGACCAUCAGUUGUGUUUCUGAUUUUAUUGUUUUUAAAUGUUUGUGAAUCAAAACUCAAUCCUGGUCCAGUUGCUAAAAAAAAUGAGAUGCAAAGCUUUUGGUGACGGUAACUCAGUAUGCUGCGUAACCUUUACCAGUAGCCAAUGAAGGUUUUCUAGGGGAAGUGAUAGCCAUUUUGAUCCUACUGAUAAAUGAAGCACAGCUGAUAGGUCAUACACACUGACAUCAUGAUACUGCACUGAUAACUAUGGUUGAAAGUUGGUCCAGCGAGGGACUGAUCCAGGCCAUCAGCUUCCUUCACUACGUUCACAGCCUUGAGGCGUGAAUGGUGAUCACAAACAGAAGUUACUACCUUUAGUUGAUUCUUGCUCAGUGUUGCAGCCUCAUCAGAGGUGAAUUUCAUUGAUGUACAUACCUCAAGUCAUCUGUGCCUCCUCAUAUUACUGUAUUUUAUCCAGAUGGAAGAAUAUUUGUACAUUUUUCCCACAUGGGGGCGCUAAUGACUGGCUUUAAAGCUUUCAUUUAUGAACUCGCCAUCUCAACCGCAUGUCACAUGUUUAUAAGGAGCCACAGAUUCAAAUCAUUUAUACUAGAUAGAUCCUCUGUAGGGGGAACAUAGACAGGACUUGACCCUUCUGUUCAUGAUGCCUUGAGAUUCACCGAGCCACAUUUAGGAAACAGAAUUUCAGGAUAUUUUUAUUUGCCAAUGUCUUUUUUAUGUGUCUGUUUCUGCUUGACUUAACGUAGUAUUUUACAUGUGUUAAAAUAUUUGAAUCCUCCAGAGACAAACCCAAGUCAUACAUGUUGCCUUUUGGAAAUGUAGAGAGGUUUCAUUUUAGCAAUCGUGAAUUCUAAGUGGGAUGUGCCGGUUAUUCUUAUCACAAAAAUACUCAAACUUUUCUAAAUUACAACUCAGUGUAGUGCUACUAUAUACUCAUAAAAUGACCGUACUUCAUAUUAUAAUCGCCUUGGAUUUAAUCAAUUUGAACAAUAUUGCGGUAUCCUGCAAAUGAACAUGGAAAAAAACCACAAACAAAAGCAGGUUGGUUCGUCAAUAUUAAGACAGUUGACUGGAAAUUGCUUUAAAUGGAUUGUCUGCUCUAAUAUGUGUUGGGUUUUAUUGUUCGGCACAUGAUUGAUCCUCAGACUUCUAUCAGGUAUGAUUAAUGAAUUUGGAAUUAGAAUUUUACUUUCUGUGCGUAAAAAAAAAGGUGAGCUGAAAAUUUUAUAGAUAUCUAAAUACCUAACGGAGGUUUUUUAUAUUUGGCUAGAAAUUUUGGAAAAGCUGGUGUACCGAUACUUGCAAUUGAAAUACCAUUACUGCUAUUAAGUUUUGGUUUUUUUGUGUUUUUUUUGGCCAUGGCCAGUUCAGUCAAUGGAAAAUUAGCACCACCAGCUGUUCAUCUUGAUGCCCCAACUUAGAAGUGUGCAUUUUUUCUUAAAUUGGAUGGAAACUGGAUUGACUUUCGGCAGUGCUCAAUCUGACCUAUGAGGAGGAAUAAUGUCUCAUUACGACUCAGCAAAUAUAAACUAACCGCACUACAGUAGGUUGACUAUAAGUAAUGUUAACAGACCAAAUCAUGGCCAGAGGUAGACAGAGCAGGAACCUGGUUCUCUCGUCCUGCUGUGAGUGCUGUGCAGUGGUGGAAAGUACAUUUUCUCAAGUACUGUACUUAAGUACAAUUUUAAGGUACUUGUACUUUAUUUGAAUAUUUCCAUUUUGUGCUACUCUAUACUUCUACUUCACCACAUUUUAGAAGGAAAUAUUCUACUUUUGACUACAAUUAUUUACCAGCUUUAGAUACUUUUAAGAUGAAGAUUUGGCACAAUUGAUAAUAUAACAAGCUUUUAAAAUAAAUUGUUAAAGAUUAAACCAGAUUUGAGAUUUAAGCAGCUCCACCAAAUAGUGAUUUUUCCCUCUAAAAUUUUCAACAUGGUUUCAUUUCAAUAAAUGUUCAAAUUGUCCAAUAUUUCAGCAAAAAUCAAAGAUUGGAGAAAAGGUUUGGAACUGUAUACAGAGUAGUUGAAAUUAGCUCCACCUCCAGCAGCUACAACAGUAACAUGCUACUUAAACACUGAUGUUUCAGUAUAAAUAAUUUAAUGAUGUCAUAUAUAAUAAUAUAACAAUCAGAGGGACCAAACCACUACUUUUACUGCAAUACUGCAUACUAUAUCAAGCUGAUAAUACUUACGUUAUUUUACUUAAGCAGAAUUAUUCGUGCAGGACUUUUACUUGUAAUGAAGUUGUUAUAGGUUCUGAAUACUUCUUCCAUCACUGUGUUUCUUGGAUAAAAAUAAAAUAAAAAAUGUCUUGUGGUGUAUCGAACUAAAACAGCUAAUAAAGACAUGAGAGCUGUGCUGUGUUCACGGUGCCCUCUGACAACAGUUCUAAUCACAGUAAUGCCUGUAAUAGAAAUGGUAUUACUACUAGAAUAUUUCACACACCAGUACAACAAUGCAUACUGGCACAUCUCUACGUCUUACAUAAUGCUUAAAUGUGACGUCUAUCUAAAUACAAUCAUCACUUAUGAUACACAUUGAUGGUGAUGAUAUUGUUUAAAUAAUAUGAGUGGAACAGAAACUAAUUGUACAUGUUUUGUUCAGAUUAAGGGAUUCCCACUGGAUCCUAGUAUUUACAUGUUUUUCUUUUCUUUGAAUGUAUCACAUGGUCAGUCCUGUCCAUCCCUGUGAAUCUCAUUCUUGAUCCAUUUGCUGAGUAAUGUUCUUUUUUCCUACCCUUUUCAAUAUUGUAAUAUUGUUCUUCAUAUAUAUGAUGAUGGUUUGUUGUAAAAAGUGACACUGUGCAUAGUGCUGACAUUAAUGACAUUCCUGGUCAUCAAAUGUGAAAUUUUCUAACACUUGUACUUCAUUCAGUUCUUGAAUGGCAAAUAUUGACAUCCCAAGCUGCUGGGAAAUAACCGUACACCUGUGUAAUCAUUUUUUCAGUAAAUUACAUAAUAAUAUCAAGAGCUGUCUAUGGUGUAAAAGGUAUUAAAAAUAUUAAUUGCCA